AAUGGAGUCCAUAACAUUUGGUGUAUUGACAAUUAGUGACACCUGUUUCCAGGAGCCGUCCAAGGAUCGUAGUGGACCCAGACUGGUUAAUCUCAUCCAAAGAGAUUUCCAGAAUUCCAGCAUCGUAACCAGUUAUUUACCCGAUGAGCGGGAUCUCAUUCAGCGAGAGCUGCGCAAGUGGAUAGAUCGUCAGGAUGUUCGUGUUAUCAUCACCACUGGCGGCACAGGCUUUGCCCCACGCGAUGUCACACCGGAUGCCACCAAGCCGCUGCUGGACAAGGAUUGCCCACAGUUAACAAUGGCCAUUGCUCUUGCCUCGCUGCAGAAAACGAAAUUUGCCGCCCUAUCGCGUGGUGUCUGUGGCAUAGCCAACAACACGUUGAUUCUCAAUUUUCCUGGCAGCGAAAAGGCGGUGGUUGAAUGCUUCGAGACAGUUAGUGACCUGUUGCCUCAUGCCCUUCAUCUCAUGGGUGACGAGGUGGCGUUGGUGCGACGCACUCAUGCGGAAAUCCAAGGUACCGAUCAAGCUGUCAAGGUCGACUCCAGUCCGGCUCUACGUGGUCAUGUGUGUCCCCAUAAAACGGGAGCCGGAAACGAUCAUGAUCGAAAUUCACCAUUUCCCAUGUUGCCCGUGGAUGAGGCCUUAAGCAUUAUAUUCAAUGUUAUCCAGCGUAGCACUGAAUUGGAGAAAUUGGUCAAUGAACUCUCAUCUCCGGUGAACAUACCACCAUUUCGGGCCUCCAUCAAGGAUGGCUAUGCAAUGAAAUCCACUGGUUUCUCGGGCACCAAACGUGUUCUGGGAUGCAUAGCCGCUGGCGAUAAGCCCAGUGCGUGUGCCUUGCAGGAAGAUGAAUGCUUCAAAAUCAAUACAGGAGCUCCCCUGCCGGAACAUGCCGACUGUGUCAUCCAAGUGGAGGAUACCAAGUUGUUGCAACGCGAUAAAUAUAAUAACGAAACCCUGGUAGAGAUUAUGGUCGAACCCAAGGCGGGAUUGGAUGUGCGACCAAUUGGCCAUGAUCUGACCAAAGGCGAUGCUAUAUUUCCCAGCUUAGAUGCCUCACCGGUUGUGGUCAAUUCUCUGCUGGCAUCUGUGGGCAGUCGUCAGAUUAUACGAAAACCCAAAAUAGCAAUUAUCUCAACGGGCAGUGAGCUUCUCUCGCCCAAGGACGCGCCAACAGUUGGCAAAAUCUACGACUCUAAUACGACCAUGUUGGAGCAGUUGCUGACCUACUUUGGCUUUGAGUGCAUUCAGGCCAGAGUUCUCAGUGACAGCAUCGAAGCUAUUACGGACACCUUGUCUGAUCUAUUUGAUGUGGUGGACUUUGUCAUUUGUAGCGGCGGCGUCUCCAUGGGCGACAAAGACUAUAUCAAACCUGUGCUCGAAAAACUCAAUUUCCAAUUGCAUUUUGGACGUGUCAACAUGAAGCCCGGAAAACCCAUGACAUUUGCCAGUCGCCAACAGAAAUAUUUCUUUGGACUGCCGGGUAAUCCGGUUUCUGCUUUUGCCACAUUUCAUAUAUUCGCCCUGCCCGCCAUACGUUGGGCUGCCGGCUGGGAACGGACCAAGUGCAGCCUGCCCAUACUGAAUGUAAAGCUGCUUAACGAUAUUAUCCUAGAUGGCCGUCCAGAGUAUGUGCGUGCCUCAGUGAUAUGCAGGAAUGGACAACUUUGUGCCACUGUCACUGGGGAUCAGAUCAGUAGCAGAUUGCAGAGUAUAGUGGGGGCCGAUGUGCUCAUACAUUUACCUGGCAGCACUUCAAGCAAACCGCAAGCAAAGGCAGGUGAUAUUUAUUCUGCCUCUGUGUUGCGUUACGAUUUCAUAUCAAAAUACGAAUAGGCUGUGGAUAAAGAACCAUCUGGCCCCUAUGCGUUUCGAAUAUAAUUAAUGAUUCAUGGUGUAUGUGUAUAGAUUAGCACAAAA